AUUGAUAUUUCUAUUACAUAAUCUACGACUAAUCACACAGCCCGCAUAGGGUACGGGCUCGGGCCGAUGAGUGCGCCGGCCCCGACCGGCGCGUCAGCAGAGUCAGACUUCUGCUUGGCCAUCGCAGGCUGCGUCGGCGCCGAACAGAAACCGAGGAAGAAACCGAGCAAGCGACCGGCGUGCUGGUCAGACAUUAUGCUGUAUAUCGAGGGAACUGCCUGCUUGUAAUCGCCCAGCCGUUGGCUACUGUUUUCAACUUCUGCCUGCCCUGCACCGCGACAGACGUGUUGCUCUAGGCGCAAUGACAAUCAACCAGAGCACUACAGCACUAGAACCACACACCCCGAUAACGCUGACAGACGAGCCCGAGCAGCGGCGAGUGAGGAUCGGGAUCCUUGCGCGGUCGGAACUCACCUCGCAGCUGGGGUUCGACGGGCUCGCGAGCUAUCAGCCGCGGUUUAUGGCACCCCGGGGCGUGUCGCAGGAGAUGUGGCUCAGCUUUGUCGAGGACGUCAAUCGGUGUAUUGUUGAUCGGUCUGUGGGGGGAUGGGGGUUGGGUGAGGAGGAUGAGGAGGAGACGGAUGAGGACUGUAUCGACACCGAUGAGGAUGAGGACGACGACGAGGAAGAAGACGAGGAAGAUGAGGACGAGGAAGAAUACAAAGACAGAUAUACAGAGGAAGAAGAUAUCCCCAUCGAACAAGCCGAACGAGUUGAUUCCGGAAUAUCUACAGAAGACCAAACACCAUCCCUCUGCGGCGUCGAGCACUCGCGCGACGAAAACAUGGACGACUGCAUCCUCACCGACGUCGACGACGCCGACGAUUCCACGCUCGAGCGUGACCGCGCGCUGCCGGACAUGGACAUCCCUACAUUUGAAGGCAGUUUGGAAAACAUAUUUAUACGCCACUGGACGCGGACUGUUACCACGACGCAGAGUUCGCCGCUUAAACUCGCGCAGACGUCGUCGGAUGCUCUGGCGAACGUGCGGAGGCGCAUACGCGCGCGCAUGACAAUCAAGCGCUGGAACGAAAAGAUAUUUCCGAGGACGUCGUCUAUACGCGUGCAACUUUUAUCCUUUGUCGAAGCGCGCCAGCUCACGAGCGUGUUUGCGGACCAGACCGAUCAGAUUGACAAGACCGGCGCGCAACGCACGCGGCUGGAAGAAUGGAUUGCGAGCGUGCGCGAUUGCACUGUCUUUCGCACACGGUGCCAGCAGAUGCGGCAGCAGCGCGAGAACGAGUCGGCGUGUGGCGAGCACUGCGUGAUUGGGAAUAUAUGGCGGGCGCUGAGCAUGGUGAAGGAGGAGGAUAGGGUGCCGAUUCCGAGCGGGUGGAGGAGGUAUGACUAUGAGCGGAACUCGCACCGGCCGUAUCGGUCGCAGGAUGUGCUGUUGAUUGAGGACGUGGGCGGUGAGGAUGAAUGCAGUUAGCUGCUACUUCAUUGUUCUUUGUGAAUUAGGGAUUUGGAUUUGGAUUUGGAUUGUUUGUUCUCUGUUAUCUUGUUUGGCGCACCGGUGUCCCAAUUCUUGGAGUUUUCAAUCACACGGUUUGUCAUUACAUAUCUCAGUUUCUAAGCUACGGCAUACUACGGGAAAUACUAUUGUUGAACAACUACAGCGGUCUAUUUGUAGCAGCAGAUCAUCCAUCCUCGUAGCUGCUGUACGUCAUCACAUUGUAUAGGAGCCGCACUCGUCUUGGCCUUUAAACCGGAGCCAAAUGCACUGAAUAUACGUCUACGUAUAAGGGUUCCAUCAUCCCCAGAACACUUACCCAAGAUGGGCUCGAGUAUGUGCCUCUUAAUUAGGAAUAAACAAGCUCACCGUCUCGUCCUCGCUCCUUCA